GGCGUCAUAGACAGACGCACGAAUAGGGUGAUAAAGUUCAAAUUUGAAGAAAACCGGGAGUCAUGCCGGAGAGAGAACACGUUGGGCCAGUGACAACCGGUAAUAACGCGGCUAAAGAGAGGAGUAGAAGAACGGGAAAAAACCCAAAUUUCGAAAUGCGGGAGACGUAGAAAACAUACGGGUUCCAACGCAGCGAAGAAAGGGGGAGGAGGGCAGACGCUGAAGAAGUGCGAACGGCCGGAGAGCUCACAAAUCGAGCGUGUGGACGGUUGCACUGCAAACCGUGGCAAGCGAUUCGAGAACAUUUUUAUCAAUAGAAAACCAAGCGACCAUGAAGACGUCUGGUGCAAGCGCCGGAGUUCCGAAAAAGAAGGGGGCGCCCAAUGGCCCCAAAGAGAGUAGCGGGCACACGGGAGAAGGUAAGAAAGGGUCGUCGGAGGGCGAUGACGCCCGGCUGACCAACGGAGGUCUAGAAGGCGACGGCGCAACAGGUGGCAGGGCAGCUGGAGGAAAGACCACCGCUCCGACCAGUGCUGCAAAGGCGAAGAGCACCGGCCAGGAAGUUUCGGAUGAAGACGUGGGCGACAAGGCCAAGCAGGUGGCCCUCAAGAGUUCCAAGGCAAGCGGUGGGGCCGCCGCUGCCGGAUUGUUGGACAAGAAGGAAAUUUCGGACGACACGGAAUCUGACGACUCCACCGAGAAGCCAAAGGGAAAGACGUCGGGGACCAAGCGCAAGAGCGCCGCGGUGGCCUCACCCACCCAGAGAUCCAACAAGCGUGCCAAGUGGUCGGGCAGCAACCAGGUGCAGCAUUUCAUGCGGGCGCAUCAAAACAAGCAUAUCGGAGGCGAUGGACGUGUUCUAUCGGGACUGGGACACUUCGCGAUGGCCGUCCGCCACCCAGAGACUGGUCAUGAGGUGAUGGCCGCUUUGGUCGACCUCGACCAGAAGGCCAUUCUGGAAGCCGAGACCAAGCGUGUGAAUAACCGGAUGAAGCGUGAGCUUGAAGACGAGGUAGACCGGCGGGUGGCCGAACUCCACGACAAGGAUUACGAUGAGGACCUGAGCCGGGCAAUCGUGAAGCGCUGGAAGGCCGACAAAGGCGAGGCCGAGUAUGAUACUCGUCGCGAGUCGCGGAUGGUGGCCAUUCGGUCGGAGAUGGCGGCAACUCGCGGGAAACUCCUGGACGGCGCCAACGGGCCCACUCGUGGGCCCGAUGGAGGAAUGGUGUGCAAGGUCCCUUGGCCAGGCAGCAACAUCGGCCGAGGAGGCAACGGCGGCACACCUUGAAGCGGUGCCGGAGAAGCUCUCCAUGUCCGACAGUGCCCGGGCGUGGGAGCAAACGAAGUAGAGCAGGGAGCACCUGACUGGAAUGGCGGUAUAGUCGUUCAACGAC